CAGACUAGUUCUCUACCUGCCCAGGUUUGCUUAGGGCGUGGUGGCUGCGGAUAAAGGCAGGACUCAGGCUAAGCAGCCCCACUCUCUCCCGGAAGCUGAACCUCUGCACAGCCUGGGCAGCAAGCAGCCUGGUGAGUUUCAAGGCCAACCUUUCUGCCCUGGGUGAGCUGUGUACCCUGGAUAAGGAGCAGAGUAGCAGGGGAUUGGGAACCAGCGGCAACUCCGUGGGCCUGCUAAAGCCGGACCUUCCCUGCAGACCCCUCCAGGCCAGCGCUCUGACAUGCAAGAGGUGGUCCUGAGCCUGCUCGUCCUCCUGGCAGGCCUGCCUGCCUUGGAUGCCAACGACCCAGAAGAUAAAAACAGUCCUUUCUACUAUGACUGGCACAGCCUCCAGGUCGGCGGACUCAUCUGCGCAGCGGUUCUGUGUGCCCUCGGUAUCAUCAUCCUCAUGAGUGAGUGGAGGAGCGCGGGGGAGCGGGCAGGGCAGGGAGGUGCGUGUCCUCCCCUGACGUUCCCCUCUCCCCUAACAGGUGGGAAAUGCAAAUGCAAGUUCCGCCAGAAGUCCCGCCACCGUCCAGGGGAUGCCCCACCUCUCAUCACUCCAGGCUCUGCCCAUAAUUGUUGAGGAUGGAUCAGCCAAAAGAGCACCAAGAACUGCUCUUUCCUGAAGUCCUGGCUCUGCACAGGAGCCUGAACUCCAGGUUGGAAUUAUCCCUCCUCUCCUCAGACUGCCUGGCCAGGGCUCCAUCUCACCUCUCCCUGGAGGGGUCUCUGUUCAAUUUUCACACUAAAAUGAUCUUGCCACAUG